GUUUCACAAUUUAAGCAUUUCAGAACGUAAAAAAAUCUCAGCCGGUGCUUUGAUAUCACAAAAAAUAUAAAUUAGGACAAAAAUGACAGCUUUUGAAGAGUUUGGAGUGAUUCCUGAAUUAGGAAAAGCUGUAGAUGAGAUGGAAUGGCUUCUUCCAACUGAUGUACAAGCAGAAGCAAUUCCAUCAAUUCUCGGAGGUGGUGAUGUUCUGAUGGCAGCUGAAACAGGAAGUGGAAAAACUGGAGCCUUUUGUCUUCCCAUUCUUCAGAUUGUCCAUGAGACUCUCCGAGACUUGAAAAAAGUAAAAGGAAAGCAUAAAGUUAGUUCUGCACAAGUAACUGAAUGGCGAAUGAGCUUCUACGAUCGAGGAACAGCUCUUGCAACUGAUGGAUUGCGAUGUCAAGCAAGAGAACAAAAGGAAUGGUUUGGAUGUCGCGCUACAACUGGUGUACAUGGAAGUGGACGAUAUUAUUAUGAGUCUACAGUAACAGAUGAAGGCUUAUGUCGGGUUGGAUGGGCAACAGAGAAAGCGAAUCUCGAUUUAGGAACUGACAAAUUUUCCUACGGCUUUGGUGGCACUGGGAAAAAGUCGAACAAUCGACAAUUCGAUGAUUAUGGAGAAGCUUUUGGAAUUCAUGACGUUAUUGGAUGUUUAUUAAAUUUGCAAGAUGGAGAGAUCACUUUCACAAAGAACGGAAAGAAUCUCGGUUUGGCUUUUCGAGUCAACGAUCAGAUGAAACGUGAAACUUUUUAUCCAGCAGUUGUGCUUAAGAAUGCUGAAAUGUUAUUUAAUUUCGGUGAAAGCGAUUUCAAAAACAAAAUUCCUGACGGUUACAUUGCUUUGUGUCGCGCUGAGAAAAGUAACGUCAGGGUCAAUCCAUAUGCAUCACAAACUGCACCACAAGAAGAUUUACAACCAAAACCUAACGCACCACAAGCAAUAAUCAUUGAACCAUCACGAGAAUUAGCUGAACAAACUUUUCAGCAAUUGGAGAAGUUUAAAAAGUAUUUAAAGGAUCCGACAAUUCGCGAAUAUCUUCUCAUCGGUGGACAAAGUUCUAAAGAACAGAUUAAUGAGUUAAAUAAAGGUGUUGACAUUGUAGUGGCAACUCCUGGAAGAUUGGAAGAUUUAAUUAGUCAAGGAUAUGUUCAACUAACUCAUUGUCGAUUUUUUGUUCUCGAUGAAGCUGACGGAUUAUUGAAGCAAGGAUACGGAGGGCUAAUUGACAGAUUACAUCAAAAAAUUCCUAAAUUGACCUCCGAUGGACGUCGUUUACAAAUGAUUGUUUGUAGCGCUACUUUGCAUGAUUUUGAAGUUAAGAAAAUGGCGAAUCGAUUGAUGCACUUUCCAACUUGGGUCGAUCUUAAAGGAGAGGAUGCAGUUCCUGACACAGUUCAUCAUUGUGUUGUCAUGGUUGACCCUCAAAAAGAUAUUUCAUGGAAGAAUCUUCGUCAACAUGUGAACACUGAUGGAGUUCACAAUAAAGACAAUGUAAGACCAGGAAACAACAAUCCGGAAACUCUUUCAGAAGCUGUGAAAAUGAUGAAGGCUGAAUAUUGCAUUCGUGCUAUUCGAGAGCAUAAAAUGGAUCGAGCAAUCAUUUUUUGUCGUACUAAACUCGAUUGCGAUAACUUAGAAAAUUAUUUAAAGCAAUUAGGAUCAUCCGAGUUCAGUUGUGUUUGUCUUCAUGCUGAUCGAGCACCAAACGAACGUAAAUCAAAUCUUCAAAAGUUUAAAGAUAAAUAUGUAAAGUUUCUGAUUUGCACUGAUGUUGCUGCUCGAGGGAUUGACGUGACUGGCUUACCAUUUAUGAUAAACAUCACAUUACCAGAUGAAAAAUCGAAUUAUGUUCAUCGAAUUGGGCGAGUUGGUCGUGCUGAACGAAUGGGUCUGGCUAUUAGUUUAGUUUCAUCCGUUCCUGAGAAAGUUUGGUAUCAUGGACAGUGGUGUUCAUCACGAGGUAAAAGUUGCUGGAAUACAAAUCUUGUUGAACAACGUGGCUGUUGUAUUUGGUAUAACGAACCAUCGUAUUUGGCAGAAAUUGAAGAACAUUUAGGAUGUACGAUUCAGCAAGUUGAUUCUGACAUAAAAGUGCCAAUGAAUGAUUUCGAUGGAAAAGUAACUUAUGGUCAAAAGCGAGUGAACACUGGAUCAGGCUAUGUUGAUCAUGUCAAACAGCUUGUUCCCAUUGUUGAUGAAUUGGCUGAACUUGAAUCUAAAGCGCAAUCAAUUUUCAUGAGACGUUUAAUGAUGUAAAAGUUUUCUUCAUUUUCUUGAAUAAAAAAUAAAUUUGAAUGUCAAACU